AUGCUACAAUCCGCUGAAUUAUACAAAACCACGUUGGCUUCGAUAUGUCUCUCAAUGGCUUGUGUUUUUCUCUAUGAAGUAGCGGAUUACUGGGAAGACGAUAUUGGCGUUUCGUACAUGAUGGCCAGUCAAUCUGAGAUAUCCACGGUAUCUAAGCUUAUCGGUCCCUUCAUGUGCAGUCAAACGCUGCGGAUCCACCUGCAAAACGGUACUCAUACGACGUUCGUGCAGCUAGUUAACUGGGUGCAAACUACUGUUACGAAGGGUCUCGAGCAUGCGAAAGUUAGUGGAAACGAUUUGGAUACCACUACAGAUGAUGAAUCUUCCUUGUUGUCCUCUUCGCCGGUCUUCUGUGCAGAAUCAGACGUAUAUAUACAAUUCGAUAUAGAAGAAAAUGACUGUAUAGUGCUGGAUAAAGUAGAUGAUGUGCAACUUCAUGUGGUUCGAAACGAAAAAGAUAACUUACCUCAACAUGCAUGGUGGCGCCAAGGAUUUUGUCCUUUCUUAAAUUUAUUCUUUGAUUACAAUCCUAAAAGCAAACAGCUUAGUUAUGCUAUUAUGUUUCCCACUAUACGUUGUGAAGAGUCUACUGCAGUAAGUACGGCUGGAUUUUUAUAA